AUGGACGCGUCCUCUGCGCCUACGCCAGAAUCGGCCACCACGCCAACACCAGAACCCGCCGCCGUACCACCUCCAGUUUUUUUUCGUGCCGGCAAGAAGAAGAGAGCCUUUCGUCAGCGAGCCGAGGAAACGGACGCGGAGCCAGCAGCGCAGACAGAUUCAUCGGCGACAAUCAAUACCAGCAGCGAUGCGACGGCAUCAGGCCAGGCUGCCGCUUCAACAACCGAGCCAGCAGUUUCUGGGACACCGACGACAACCCCAGCAGCAGCAACCGGUAAUCGCGACGAUGACAAAGAAGAGGGCGGUCUUUCCGUCGCCGAGGUACUACGACUGAGAAACGCAAAGAAACACAGACUAGGCGGCGUCGCAUUUCGAGCUGGUGACGAGUCCAGCCCGACAGUGCAGAAUGCCGAGCAAGCAAUGGUCCUACACGACGGCGUCGGAAGCGGAGGAGGAGGUGAAGUGCAGGAAGCAGCGAUCCUCGGCGGAGUCGCCAAGCGCUUUGCGCCGCAGACCGGUAUGGUCGGCGAGCUGGCAGCGGCUGAUCAAGCAAGGGAGGAAUACAUAGAAUCCGAGCUGGCUAAACGAAAGCGGCUCGCCGCAGAACACCGGGCACAGCAAGAAGGAGGACAGAACGACAGCAGCAGCAAUGCGAUGACGAGCAGUAUGACGAAUCUCCUCGCGGCCGAUCCGACGCUGAGCGUGGGUGGCGGAAAGGUCGAGUCUCAGCGAGCUCUCCAUGGCAAGCUCAUGGAGAUUGAUCUCGGCGAGGAAGCGCGCGCUCGCAACAUUGCGGAGACGGAACGCGCGAGACGCCGGCUCGCAGGCCAGAUCCUGGAGGAGGAAGAGGAUGCGGAUGGACGUCGCAAGAAGGUCCGCCUUGGCCCCGACGGGAAGCCGUGGCGGUCGAGGAAUCGCAGGGAUAGCGACGCCCUGAAGCGGGAUCAGCAAGUGGAGGAGUUUUUACGCGAGAACAGACUGGACGUUUACGACGUGCCCUCCGAUCAGCCCGAGUACGCCGCCGGCCUAGAGGACGACGAGAUGGCUGCCGAUGACCGCAUUGCCGAAGAGUUCCGGCGUGACUUCAUGGACGCCAUGUCGCAGAGACACCGGCGCAGAAGACCGGCUGUCAACGCCACCGCGAGGCCUUCAGCCAGGAACCAGGACGCUGAGAUCCUCAAGGGCCCCAAGCUGGGCGGUAGCCGCAAUGCCAGAGCGGCUAUGCGGGAGAAGUUGCUGAGGGAGCAGGAGCAGCAGAAGAGACGCUGA